UCAAAUCCAUGUCAACAUCUGUGUGUGUGUGUGUGUGUGUGUGUGUUUCUAAGUUAGCGCUCAGCCAUUUGAUCUAAAAGCUUUGCUUUACUUCUCUAAUCCUGUCCAUCACUCCAUCACUCCAUCACUCCAUUCAUCCAUCCAUCCUGGGGAUUUGACUGCCAUUAAGAGAUGGCUUGUGUGUGUGCGUGUGUGUGUGUGUGUGUGUGUGUGUGUGUGUGUGUGUGUAUGGGGGGUGUAGAGAUCUGUGCUCUGUGGCUGAAGGUUCAGAGUGUGUGUGUGAACUGAUGCGAGGAUGAGGAGGACGAAGACCAUGGAGACGUGUGAGGAGACAUCUGCAGAACGUUAAUCCCGGCGUGUCCCACAUGAGAGACGACAGUCAUGAGUGUCCUCACUGUCACGGUGUCUCUGCUGCUGCUGCUGCUGCCCCCGGUGGCAUGGGCGAGGUGGGCGUGUGUGAGGGCGUGUCCGGCGUCGUGCUCCUGCUCUCAGGAGAAGAGCUGCAGCGUCCUCUGUGACCGCUCUGCACUCGCCGAGCUGCCACGAGAGUUCCCCUGUGAGGCCGCGUCCAUCAACCUGGACAAGAACAGACUCAAGUUCCUGUCGGAGCGAGCGUUUGGAACUCUGCCCUCCCUCAGGUCCCUGUCUCUGGACCACAACAACAUCUCCUUCAUCACUCCUGGAGCCUUCAAGGGUCUCGCCAACCUGGUGGAGCUGAAGAUGGCUCACAACGAGUACAUCAGUUACCUCCACACACGGACCUUCACAGGCCUGAAGAAGCUGGUGAGGCUGGAUCUGUCCGACUGUAACCUCUUCAACAUCCCAGACCGGAUCUUCAUCGAGCAGACGGCGCUGAGGGAGCUGCUCUGCUUCCAGAACAAGUUCAGGAGGAUUCCUGGAGCCUUCAGAGGCAUGGAGAACCUGACCCACAUCUACCUGGAGAGGAGCAAGAUCGAGGCGGUGGCCUACAACUCCCUGCUGGGCCUCAGUAGUCUGAGGUACCUGAAUCUCCAGGAGAACCGCAUCAACGUGAUCCACGACCAGGCCUUCCAGGACCUGGUGCGUCUGGAGAACUUCUACCUCAACGACAACCUCCUGUCAGAUCUUCCUCGACUCGCCUUUAAGGGCCUCGUCCGCCUCAAGAUGCUGAACCUGGGAGGGAAUCAGCUAACCAACGUGUCCAGGACGUGGUUCAGUGACCUGGUGGAGCUGGAGAUCCUGUUCCUGGACCGGAACCAGCUGCUGUCCAUUGAGGAGGGCACGUUCGAGAACCUGACCAGCCUGAUGACGCUGCACCUGAACAGCAACAACCUCACCAGCCUCCCCUUCCCCGUCUUCCAGCCCAUCUACUUCCUGGGCCGCCUCUACCUCUUCAGAAACCCCUGGGAGUGCGACUGCGCCCUCCAGUGGCUGAAGGAGUGGAUGGAGAACUACAGGCUGGUGCGGGAUGUCCCCUGUGCGUCGCCGUCCUCUGUGGCGGGACUGGAUCUGAGCGAGGUGGUCUUCAGCCGGGUGAACGACACGUGUGUGGACCCGGCGGAGCUGAACCUGACCACGGUGUCGCCGGACGUCGAGUCCACCACGGAAAACCGCUUCAACAGCCUCAUCUCCAAACUGCUGCAGCAGGAGCUCAGGGAGGAGAUGGGGAACGGGACCGAGAGCCUUCGUAAUGGGACACGGUUGGGGCCCGAGGACGGGCAGCUGUCCGCGGGGGUCACAGGGUGCUGGGAUUACACUAGCCAAUCACUUCUCCGCUUCUCUGUGGUCUGGCUCCUCCUACUCUGACAGGCUCGUCAGAUGUUAGCGCCAAGGAAGACUUUUUUAUGUUAGCAUCUGACUGUUAGCACCUGUUUGUUAGCUGACUGUAAGUAUCUGACUGUUAGCAUCUGACUGUAAGCGCUUGACUGUUAGCGACUGACUGUUAGCUGACUGUUAGCGCUUGACUGUUAGCACCUGUUUGUUAGCUGACUGUAAGUAUCUGACUGUUAGCUGACUGUAAGUAUCUGACUGUUAGCACCUGUUUGUUAGCUGACUGUUAGCAUCUGACCGUUAGCGGUUCUAAAUAGUUUAUCUCGAGCUUUAAUCCUCUUACUGCGUUGCUCAACCUCCACACAUUGGGUGGGACUUAGCCUCCAGUUUCCUGCUCUUGGACACGCCCUCUCUCUGUGAAGUGGGCGUGGCAGGUGUGACAUAUGUCAGACGUUUAUAUAAAGCAGUGAGUCCUGUUUUUUUCUUCUUCCUGGUGACUGUACGUAUGGUUGCCAUGACGACAGUGAUCCACUUCAUUAAUGUCAUUAUUACACUUAACACUCUGUCACCAUUUAUUUUUUUAGAUUAAAAUAAAUUCUGUUGAGCUUU